ACGCUUCCUGGUUUUCUGCAAAUGGAGAAAUAAACUCGUUUUUAAACUUUUGCUGCGGUGGGAAAGUGUAUCACUCAGACAGGGAUCAAAAUGUCACCUAGAAGCGGCUGCUGCCUGGCUCUGUCGGUCGUCUUCUGUCUUUUUGUAAGCGCAUGCUGCAGAUUUCCUGCUCUGGACCACAUCAAACCGAGAACCAGCGACAAAGCGCAGGGCAGAGCCGUGACCGAGCUGCUGAAGCGGCUGCUCGGAAACAGAUCGACCGAGUUCAUAGUGUCAGUCAACAGGAGCCUUUCCAACGACAGCCUGGACAUGUGUGAACUCAGGUCUACCAAAAACAAUAAGAUCGUUGCAACAGGCAGCACCGGAGUGGCCGUGGCUUCUGGGAUUUACAAUUAUUUGAAAUAUUUUUGCAACUGCCACGUUUCUUGGUCUGGGAAUCAGCUGGAUGUGCCCAGACCUUUGCCAAAGCUGACCGGCGUCCUGCGCAUCAACACCCCCCACAGAUUCCGGUAUUAUCAGAACGUUUGCACCUUUAGUUAUUCCUCUGUGUGGUGGGACUGGCCAAGAUGGGAGAGAGAGAUUGACUGGAUGGCACUGAAUGGAAUCAAUCUGCCCCUGGCUUUCACUGGCCAAGAAGCCCUGUGGCAAGAGGUUUAUCGUGCUCUUGGGUUAAACCAGUCAGAGAUAGAAGAGUUCUUCUCUGGCCCAGCGUUUCUUGCCUGGAACCGUAUGGCAAACCUGUUCAAGUUUGGUGGACCUCUGCCCCAGUCCUGGCAUGUGAACCAGCUCUACCUUCAAUUUAAAAUUCUAGAGCGGAUGAGGUCCUUUGGCAUGAUCCCCGUGCUGCCAGCCUUCUCUGGAAACAUUCCCAAGGGAAUCCUAAGGCUGUAUCCAGAAGCCAGGAUAACCAGACUGGGGCCUUGGUCUCAUUUCAACUGCAGCUACUCAUGUUCCUAUAUCUUAGACCCACAAGACCCCCUUUUCCAUCAGAUUGGCUCCCUCUAUCUGUCCCAGGUGGUGAAGCAAUUUGGGACAGAUCAUGUGUACAACACUGACACCUUCAAUGAGAUGACUCCACCUUCCUCUGACCCCACCUACCUGUCUGCAGUCAGUCGCUCUGUCUUUGCCUCAAUGACAGCAGUUGAUCCUCAGGCCAUUUGGCUCAUGCAAGGUUGGCUGUUCUUCAGUGAUGCGGCAUUCUGGAAGCCAGCCCAGAUUCAGGCCUUACUACACGGAGUGCCCCUUGGACGGAUGAUUGUGCUGGACCUAUUUGCAGAGACAGAGCCAAUUUUCUCCUACACAGAGUCUUUCUAUGGGCAGCCUUUCAUCUGGUGUAUGUUGCAGAACUUUGGGGGCAACAGUGGGCUGUUUGGCACAGUUGGGAGCAUCAAUUCAGGCCCUUUCAAAGCCUUGCAUUUCCCAAACUCGACCCUAGUAGGCAUAGGCAUGACACCUGAAGGUAUUCAGCAGAAUCCCGUGAUGUAUGAGCUGAUGAGUGAGCUGGCUUGGCGCAAGGAGCCAGUCAACUUGGCUAAGUGGGCAUCACUGUAUGCAGUACGUCGCUACGGCAAUAUACAGGAGAACCUGACUACUGCAUGGAGGCUUCUGUUUGCCAGCAUUUACAACUGCACUGUCCCACAUUACCGAAACCACAACCAUAGCCCACUUGUGCGCCGACCUUCCUUUCGCAUGAAUACUGGGCUUUGGUAUGACCCAGCUGACUUGUACAAAGCUUGGAAACUCAUUAUGGAUGCAGCUCCUUCUCUUAUGUCCAAAGAAACAUUCAGGUACGAUCUUGUGGAUGUGACUCGUGAAGUCCUACAAGUUUUGACAACAUCCUUUUAUCAAGAUAUUGCAGAUGCUUUCAAGAACCAAAAGUUGCCAGAGUUGCUGACUGCAGGUGGUGUGCUAGUCUAUGACCUCUUGCCCGAGCUCAAUCGUUUGCUGAGUAGCGACCAGAACUUCCUGUUGGGGACAUGGCUGGAGCAAGCUCGAUCCCUUGCCCUGGAUGAGAAGGAGGCACAGCUGUAUGACAUGAACGCCAGAAACCAGAUCACUCUCUGGGGUCCCAGUGGUGAGAUCCUGGACUAUGCCAGCAAAGAGUGGGGGGGCCUUGUGGAGGACUACUAUGCCCAGCGGUGGGGCCUGUUUGUCCAAACACUGGUGGAAUGUCUGAACAGUGGACAACCCUUCAAACAGGACACCUUCAACCAGGCAGUUUUCCAAAUAGAAAAGGGAUUCAUUUACAAUGGCAGAAAGUACCCAACCAAACCUCAAGGAGACACGUACAAGAUUGCCCACAGGAUCUUCCUCAAGUACUAUCCACAGGCCUUAAAUAGACUAUAGUGAACAGAGAAUACAUUUUUGAAAAACUUGUAUCAAGUAACAGCUUGAAGAAUGUUUUCUUCCACAUUCAGUUGUCCUUGGCAAUCCCUCAACAUUUUAAGAAAAUAACUGCUUGGGUUUACAGGAACAAUCUGUUUUGCACUUGUAGUGAAAUUAAUAACAGAGGUGGUUUUUGUCUGUUGUUGAAGAUUAUUUUCACUUCAUGUUGACACUGAUCACCUAGAAGAGGAGGAAGCAUCAAAUGCAGAUUUCUUAAUGACUGCAUGAAGGUGUUCCUUCUACAAACUUUAUUGGUACUGUUUUAGAUUCAAUAGAUGUAAAAGUAAAAAAAAAAAAAAAAAUGUUCCAGUUCUUAAGAAAUGUACAUAUUCACCAUUUGAGAUUAAUAUGAGGAGAUUGAUAGGAACCUCCAGUCUGUGGUUCAGUUGUAUAAAGUCAGGAAAAGGGGACACAGGCCUGGUUCUGUCCGAAGUGAAUCCAAUCUUUGCAUGUAUAUAAUUGAAGGCAGCUUACAAACCUGCUGUGUAAUUUCAACAUGCACUUGAAUAUCCUACUGCAACUUGUUUAUUGCUGUAAUACUGCCAACCCAGCCACUUUUUUUCCCUCUUCUCUCACAGCACACCAGCAAUCACACAACCUACACAUGAAUAAAGACAAAAGAAAUGUAGGAAAGAAGAAAAUUUGUCAACAUAUUGCACAUUUAACUUUAUGCACAUAAUAAUGCCUUUCUAAUGAUUUCGGAAAGCUAGUUUCAGCUAUGCACAAAACACAGACAUGAGAUUAACGUGCAUCCUCUAUCUCAAAGAAAGCUAAUCUGAAUAUUGGAUAUGUCGAACUGUUUCUCAAAUUUACCAGCACUUCACAGAAAUUUUAGAUAGCAGAUGUGCACUUAAAGUUUGACUUUAUGGAAAAUUUUACUUACAAGAUGAUGUCUUUGGAAAUGGUCUCUGCCAUUCAUCAGUAUGAAGUUAAUUUGGAUAUUGUGAUUUUGUUUUGUUUUUUUCCUGAACAAAAUGACAGGCAGGACUGUGUGUUUUAUAAAAAUGGUGGAACAAGUAGGCUGGUAGUGUAGUUAGCAAACCAUUUGGGUGUUUUUUUUUUUCGAGCUCAUGCUUAUAUGUUCAGUUAAUCUAUGAAGGUCCUCCACACAGAUGGAUUUGCAUUUAGUACUGAAUGAUAAAGCUGACAAGCUACAGGAGAGUGGGCCCAUGUCUCCUCUUCAGGCUGCUCCUGGCUGGGCCCACGGCCUAAGGCCUGGCCACCAUGUGCUCUCCCUUGAGCACACUCACCAGGCAUGCCUCCAGGGUAGGGCUCCGUAGCCGUAUCCCAGGCAGGGUAAACUGUUUCCUUGAGCUUCCCGUCAUGAGGGUUGUCGGAAUCACCCAGGACCAAUUUGCCUUGGGCCACACUACUAGGGAGUAAAAGCCCCUGGACAACAUGGCCCCUGGGAUCACUGGGACCCUCCACCACAAUAAAGUGGCGAUUUGCAGAGGGGCAUAUUUUAACAUUUUACGUAAAUGAGAUACUUUCUCAAAAAUAUAAUUUGUAUGCAUCAUAUUGUUAAUGUUUUGGUUUCCAAAACAUAAAUAAGAUUUUUCUUUUUGAUAAAUGUUGUUUUAUGACAAUAUCAGUAACUGGGGAAAAAAAGAUUUUAAACUACUACAUAAGCACUGACAUUCAAAUGUUGAUGUUCCACUAUAUUCCAGUAUUUUACAAAUACGUUUUUUUUUUUUUUUGAUUUAGUAGGAAAUGUUCCCACAACUAGGAAUGUUCCUGGCAACAAGUUUGCUAGUUAAAAAAAAAAAGUCUGUCCGAGUUGCAGC